UUAGUACAACGUAACCAGUUCCCGAUAUACGGAAAUGUACCGGGCGCUACACGGGAAUUAUUAUAUGGGUCAGGUAUUCAAUCAACAAGCUGCAAUUAAAGCCAAUGAAACAAACAGAAAAUGGGUAACUGCAGGUACCACAUUACCAUGCAAGUUGCAUCGGAAGAAGAGAAUGCAAUCAGAUCACUCUUCGAGGAAAAAAAAUGGAUUUGCUUAAUAAAAGUUUUGUCAAAUGAGACAGUUGCAGAUAUUGUACAUUGUGGUUUCACAGAUGUUUUCCCAGCUCACUCAGAUGAUGAUGACAAUAACGACCAUGAAGUCAUAACUGUAGUUAAAUCAGAAAUUAUCAACAUGGAAGAAAUGGCUGAUAUUAAUGAAACCCAGAGUAUGGAUGGCACGGAAGUAAGGGGAGAAGAGAAUGAGCAUGUAACUAAGGAAUUAGAUGUAUACAAUGAUAUGGAUAUAGAAAAUGAUCAGUUUGGCGAUCAAGAUAAUGACAAGGAUAUUGAAGAUGAUAUAUAUGGAUCUGAUGACACAGAUAUUGCUGAUGAUGUAAUAUUUGAACUGACUAAUGAUGAUGCUGAUGAUAUAGAUGCUGGAGCAGUUGGAAUUCCAAAUGUUAAGAAUGAAGGCAAAGCUAAAAAGGCCUAUGGAAUCAAUAAAACAAUGAAGAACAAACAUAAGACGAAACAAAGGAAGCUGAUAAAGAACAAAAACAAUGAAGGACCUGAUAGCUGUGGUGAAUGGAAGUGUGAGGAGUGUGGUAAUUUCUAUAAAGACAGGAGACGUCUGAGGAAACACUUCUACUCUGUGCAUAGAGAGAUGAUGCCUAAACCAUCUUGUCCAAUCUGCAAUGAAACGUUUGAAACCCGUGCUGAAAUGUUUAAACACAAACGAGAGAAACAGCAUAAUACCAGUCUGUGGAUGUUAAAGGACUACUAUUGUGAUGCUUGUGGUAAACGUUUAUCUCGCUAUGAUUCCCUCCUCAAACAUAAGAGAUAUACCUGCGGGAAAGAUGACGAUGAUGAAAGAAGAACAUAUCCGUGUGAUCUGUGUGGUAAACUUUUUAAAGAGAAUCAUUACGUAGAAGCCCACAAAGAAAGGAUGCAUUGUAAAGUUGAAAAAGUGUGUGACAUUUGCGGCAAAGUUUGUAUUGACGAAAGGGCGCUCAAGUGUCAUAGAGUAAGGCAUGAUGCAGUCAACAAGAAAUAUAAGUGCAGUUAUUGUGACAAAACAUUCUUUUCAGCAGCAAACUUAAAUCAGCAUGUCCGGAUUCAUACUAAAGAAAAGCCAUAUAAGUGCCCAAUAUGUAGUUACACAAGUGGUGUAAUGGGAAAUGUUCGGAAACACACCAGUAAUGUUCACAAACAAAAACUUACUGCUAUUGAUUUAAGAAAAGCAAAGAAAUUGAAAGAAACACAACCAGUUCAACAGUCAUUUGUCCCCAAUCCAAUUGAUUAUUAUAACACCGGUUUAGAAAACAAUUGGCAGCAGUAAAAUAUGGAUAUUGACAUACAAAUUUGUGUUUUAUUUGCAAUUUUUAUUGAAAAUGAACAAUAGAAAAGGUGAUAUUGGCAAUACUUCUAUGGCAACUGCACUACUUAAAGUCAGAAGAAUAUUGGCAUUACCAAAAGAAUAUUAAAUUCUGCAUUGAAAAUAUUUAUUUAGUAAUACUCAGAGGAAUGUGUUUAUUUAUAAGAAAUAAAGAUUUUAUUUA